AGCCACCCAAAUUGCUUUCCUCUCUCUCUCUCUCUCUAAAAGAUCCACAACUCUACAACACCACACAGAGAAUCUCACAAGAAAAUGAAAACAGUACCCAUCAUCAGAUGAUAUCCCCGUUCAAUACCAAAGAAAGAGAGACAAACAAGAAGCCAUCACCCCCAACCUUCUCUCUCUCUCUCUAUCUCUCUCUCUCUCUCUCCUCCGCCUUUAUCCUCACCCUCCCCACACACACACAUCUAUAAAACCACACCCCCAUCUCUCUCCUCUCUCUCUCUCUCUCUCUCUCUCUGCCAACCAUGACCCUGGAAGAAUCCUUACGAUCUCUCUCUCUAGACUACCUCAACCUCCUCAUCAACGGCCAGGCCUUCAGCGACGUCACUUUCAGCGUCGAGGGCCGCCUGGUCCACGCCCACCGUUGCAUCCUAGCAGCCAGGAGCCUCUUCUUUCGGAAGUUCUUCUGCGGGCCGGAACCCCCCUCAGGUCUCGACCCGUCCGGGUCGAGAAUCGGGUCGUCCUCGUCGGGGUCGCCGAGGGGGUCCACGGCCGCGGCGACUGCUACGGUGAUACCGGUGAACUCGGUGGGGUACGAGGUUUUCUUGCUCAUGCUUCAGUUCUUGUACUCCGGGCAGGUCUCGAUUGUGCCUCAGAAACAUGAGCCCAGGCCGAAUUGUGGUGAGAGAGGGUGCUGGCAUACGCAUUGCACCUCGGCCGUCGAUCUCGCCCUUGACACUCUAGCAGCCUCUAGAUCGUUUGGUGUUGAACAGCUCGCAUUGCAAAUCCAGAAGCAGUUGGCAAGUAUGGUGGAGAAGGCCUCGAUAGAGGACGUAAUGAAAGUCCUGAUAGCAUCAAGAAAACAAGAAAUGCACCAGCUCUGGACCACUUGCUCCCAUUUAGUAGCGAAAUCCGGUCUCCCACCCGAAAUCCUAGCCAAGCACCUCCCUAUCGAUGUCGUAGCCAAAAUCGAAGAGCUCCGCCUCAAGUCCUCCCUCGCCCGCCGCUCCCUCCUCCCUCCUCACCACCACCACCACCACCCCCACCACGACCUCGACCUCGAAGAUCAGAAAAUCCGGAGGAUGCGACGAGCCCUGGACUCCUCAGACGUUGAGCUUGUCAAACUCAUGGUCAUGGGAGAAGGACUAAACCUUGACGAUGCGCUGGCAUUGCAUUAUGCCGUGGAGAAUUGCAGUCGGGAGGUGGUGAAGGCGUUGCUGGAGCUUGGAGCGGCAGACGUGAACUUCCCAGCAGGUCCUGCCGGGAAGACACCGCUCCAUGUGGCGGCCGAGAUGGUGUCGCCGGACAUGGUGGCGGUGCUGCUCGACCACCACGCGGAUCCCAACGUGAGAACUGUUGAUGGGGUAUCUCCUCUCGAUGUGCUCCGGACUUUGACUUCGGAUUUCUUGUUUAAAGGGGCAGUUCCGGGUUUGGCCCAUAUUGAGCCCAAUAAGCUUAGGCUGUGUUUGGAGCUUGUUCAAUCCGCAGCAUUGGUGAUUUCGAGGGAGGAAGGUAGCGGCGGUGGAAAUGCUGGUUGUUCGACCACAGCGAUUUAUCCGCCGGGGAUGAGCGAUGGGACUAGUAGUGGUAACAGCAGUGGUGGCAAUAUGGGUAACUUCGGAUUGGAUUCGAGGUUGGUUUAUUUGAAUCUGGGUGCCGCGGCAGGGUCCGGUCAAAUGGAUGAAGGAGACCGUGGCGGCGGUGGUGGCCACCAGAGGGAUCAAGGUGGUGGUGGUGGUCACCCGUCAAUAUACCACCACCACCACUCUCAUGAGUAUUAGCUCACCUGACCUAUUUAUAAGUAUAUUUUAUGUACGUAAUGCAUCCAUUCCAAGAGAAAAUUGGUUCCAAUUUAUGGAGGAUUUCUAUUGGAUUAUAACUAUAUAUAUAUACUAUUAACUAUA